CGACCACCUCAUAACACACUCAUGCUGUGGAUAAGAACCAUGUGUAUUAUCUCCCGGUGAUCUUUUUCUUGGUGCUCAGGAGUUACCCAUCUAUAUCCAGCCAGUAGUGUUGACAGCAGCACACUUGACUGUAUACAACUGGCGGUUACUGCUGACAACGGUCAGUGCCGGACACACCUGACAUCUCUCCGGCUUACAGGUAACCUCAGUACCUCUCACAGGUAAGGGCAUCCGGAGCCCUUCACCUCCCUCAGGAUGAGCGACCACUCGACCCGCCUUGCGUCACCUAGACCUAAGGUGGAGCCUCACUCGGCCCCCGCCAGCCCUCACCUGGACGUUACGCUGCCGCUGGAGCACGACCACAACACGCCGCUACACACACCAUCCCGCAAAGUCCCCACGCCCACGCCACCCACCCACGAGGUGCCGACGCCCACGUCAUCUGCCCAUGGGGUACAAACGCCCACGCCACCCGCCCAUGGGGUACCGAGGCCCACGUCAUCUUCCCAGGGGGUACCGACGCCCACGCUACCCGCCCGCGAGGUGCCGACGCCGACGCCACUGGACUUGAGUCAGCGGGAAGCCGAGCGAGGUGCCUCCAAGCGGCGUGAGGUCUCCGGCGUGACGCUCUUCCCCGGCCUGACCAUCACGCCCGGCCGGGGCGACGACGACCCCGACAACGACGAGGACGACGACGUCCCGCCCACUCCCUCGCCCUCGCCGCCAGAAAACUCCUUCCCCAGGUUCCAUUUCGGUCGAGCCGUGCCCGGCCGAGGCUCGGAGUGUCGCAAACUUCCCGCCCGUGACGGCUCUCCUCCUCCCGCCCCUGCCCUGGGCCGCCCGCGGGAGGGUGAUGGGGUGGGCGUGGAGUCGUGGUGGUACCCGGGGGUGGUGGGCGGCGACAUCUUCCGUGGGCUCCCGGACCUGCCGCUGCCCUUCCCUGGCCUGCCAGCCUUCCUGGCCCGCCGGCGUCGCCGAGACAACCGCCAGCGGCGCCAGAGGACGACCUUCACCUCCGAGCAGACCCUCAGACUCGAGAUGGAGUACCACCGCAACGAGUACAUCUCCAGGCCGCGGAGGUUCGAGCUGGCAGAGUCGCUGGAACUGACAGAGACGCAGAUCAAAAUAUGGUUCCAGAACCGGCGAGCCAAGGACAAGAGGAUAGAGAAGGCUCACAUGGACCAGCAGUACAGGUGCAUGACGCUAGCUGGAGGGCUUGGUGGGUUGGGGCCCCUCUACCAUCCCGCUUUCUGUGGGAUCUGCACCUUCAAGCCUCCUUCUGCGGCGCCGUCAGGCUCUGGAAGAGGCUCAACGGCCUCCCCGCCUUCAAUACUCACCGGUCCAAUCACCUCCCCGCCAUCUCUUCUCAGUAACCCCAUUGGCUCACAGGCCCCGAGUGUCUCUGUAGGGCCGGCGUCGGCGGCCACACUCCCCCUUGCCCAGGCGUCCUCAGUAAGCCUGCCCAUCUGCCCAACAUCAUCUGCUAACCUUGUUAUUGGCCAGGUGGCGCCUGCCAGCCUGCCCCUUGGUGCACACAUUACCUCUCCGUAUCUGGGCCCCUCCGAGCCACUGACAACCACCACUACGGCGCCCACCAUAAAGAAACCAGUUCCUCUCCAGGCGUCCACAGCCAGUCUCGUGGCACUUCGCGCCCAGGCCUACUAACGGCCCAAUUCACAGGCCUAUAUAAGAAAUAAUCAGGGCUUCUAGUCUUUAAAUUCAAACUAUGUAAGAGAGUAAAGAAUUCUUGCCAACGUUUGUAUAACUGUUGGGAGCUUUUGUACUAAGGUCUGCGGCUGGAACACUCCAGCUGGAACACUCUACUAGAACACUCGACUGGAACUCUCCAUUUGGAAACACUGACUGGAACACUCUGGCUUGAAUAUACGAUUUUAGCAUUCGGCUGGAGCACUCCAGUUAGAACACUGGCUGGAAUACCCAGUUGGAACAUUCCGGCUGGAACAGCAUUUGUUAAAUAUAAUCACAAACUAUAUGCUACCAGCAGGACUGUGUUAAUGUUGUUAACUAUUGGUUAAAUCAUUCAUGUUGAUGAGGAGGAGCGGAGCCCCCCGCUCCUUAGUCUAGUAGUGACGAGUCUUUAAUAUUCCACACAUAUUUUUGUAGUCCAAUAAUGCCAAAGAUAAAUAAAUAGUGUGAUCUGUGUCCGCAUAACUAUGCACCCUAGCUAGUAGAGUAUGUGCUCACGCCUGGCACUGUGUGCUACUGAAGCAACGUGUCACUUCAACUGUUUUGAAUGUGUGAGUAUUUUAUAAGCCAUGAACGAUACAACGAUGUACGAGUGAGGAGGGGUGGGUGUGGAGGCCGGCGGCCGCGGUCACCUCCCGGGCUGACCCCUCCACCUGGCCGACCUCUACCGCCAUCAUGGCCGCUUCUCUCUAUUUACUAAACGCUUUACGACCCUCAAGUGCUACGAGCUCGUCUAUAAUAAUAAGCUUGGGAUGAAGGACGACUUCGUAGCACUUCCGCGCUCGCAAACUGUUUAGUAAAUAUAAACAAGUCGCCAUGAUGGAGGCUAGAGGUGAACAUGUCUUAAGUCUACACGAAAGUGGGUUUUAGGUGUACAUGUAAGUUUUUAUUUUUAUUAUUUUCUACCACAAACGUGGCCGUAAGUGUUAUAUAUGAAUACUGGCCCAGCAGGUGUCGCCGUCUCCACCACCUUCCUCCAGUCACAUACUGCGUGACGUCGCGCCAUCAUACUUAUGUUAUCAUAUGAGAAACCUGUGUUUAAUGUCACGAAGAAUUGUCAUUGAUGACAAAUGUAUUCGUGGUUCAUGUGUCAGGCAGCAGGUUGACAGUCCUCGCCACAGUUAGGCUAAACAUUGCCAGACAUCCAGGUGUUGUGGGAGCACCGCGUGUACUGGUCUGUUGCGAGUCCACGCCUACGGCGAGUCACCACGUACUACAAAACCAAAGUUCCCAAAGAUAAUAUAGGCAGGGGUGUAUCUCAG